UGAUGAUCUGAGGCCAGCACGGCUGGCAAAUCUGCUGCCAGUGCUGGACUAGGUACGAGUCUCUCAGUCUCACCAACUCUCUUCAAAAGACUGUCUCUUUGAAACUCUGAUUCCGGAAGCAGAUCAGGAACUUGCCGGCAGAAAGUACAGAAGGGUUCUCAGAUUGACAUUUAACGCGUCUUAUCGUUGAAGGACUAUGGCAGCAGCAGUGAUGGCCGAGCAGACUUCCACAACUCCAAGCAUCCUGUCAUUCUUCCCGCCUGCCGCAGCAGCAGUGACACCCGGAGGCAAUGGGGCAGCCAAUGUGCAGCCUGCUGGAACUUCCGCGCCUGUCGCUGGCAGUGUACCAGCAGCAACGCCGCCGAUGUUCAAUUUGAAGCAGUUCGCGUUUGCGGCCAACGGCAGUCACAGAGCAGACGCGUUCUCUCCUGAGACGGGCAAAGCGUUGGCCGCCACUCCAACCACAGGGUCUGAACUUAUUGAGGAGCUCAGGAGCACGAACAAGAAGCUGGAGGCCGAGAACAGCAAGCUGAAGACCGAGAAUGCCAGCUUGAAGAGAAAGCUCAACAGCAACCAAGGUGCUGGAGCAGGGUCGGCUGCAGUGGCAGGACCGCCGGCUAAGAAGCAGAAGCCUGUUGAUGGCAACAAGCUCUUUGCAAAAUGGGGCAAGGCUUUGGUCAAAGCUGUUCCCCGUGAAAAGUUUGACAACUGCGAUUGGGGCGGCCAGUCCAAAAAGGUGGUGGUCACCGAGCAAGGAAUGCUUCAGGAGAUCUUCAUGGCGCUUUUUGAUGGGAAAGGCGUGCUCAUUCAACCCACUAAGGACAACAAGCUGACAUCAGUGGUGACGAUCCGAAGGUUCGAUACCUUUGAUGCCGUCCAAGAGCUGUUCGGCGCUCAAAAUAUCUAGCGUGAGGGCUACACCGCUUCUAUGUGGAGGAAGCGUAGCUUCCAGAAGUCUUACAAGUCCAGCGAGUCCCCUGCCACACUUGGGUCUCUGGAGGUGCAGUACAACCGGAACAAGUUGUCGCUCGAACUGCACUUUGGCAUCGAAGUGGAUGAUGACUGCUGGUAGCUUUCAAAGUCCGAUAAAAUCAGGUCGUAAAGCGUUUGUGUUGAUAAAACUGUACAGAAAGAUCUUGAAGGGCAUGUGGUCAGCUCGUGAGGCUUCUUCCACGAAAAUGAUGACCUUGGUGUCGACAGGAUAUUGAGGGCUAAUUGCUCCAAACAUAGAUUCAGAUUCAGAGAGUAGCUGGAUUGUGGUGUUGUGUGCGUUGCGUUAUAAAGGUGCACAAGGUUGCGUGCUCGAUGACAAUCGGUUCUCAGUAGAAACAAUCAUAGCGAUGGUUUCGUGUGUCCAGGAUGAAGAGGGUGCCAGCAGUGACGAAGGAAUGUUGUUUGAUGACGGAUUGCGUCGAAGUAGCAACACCUUUCAAAAAAACACCUUUAGUAUGUACUAUGUGUAUGGAUUAACGAACAUGUAAUUUGAAAGCUAGUUGCUCGAGUCACCGUCUGGCUCUCUUGGGCAAGAUUAACCAGGGCUGCGGAGACGUGGAUGUAAUGAAGCUGUCACUACCCCCUCAGCAGCCGAAG